AUGGGAAAGAUAUCUAAGCGACAACGACAAAAAAACUUAGAACCUCACUUUUGUAUGGAAGAUGCUGAUUCAACAAACGAUAAAAACAAUAAUAUUCCAUCGCCUCCAGAAUCAAACCCUUCUCCAACAUCCCCAGCAUGUUCGUCAACUCCAAAUAAUUCCUCUCCUAUGACGCUUUCUCCAGAACUUUCUUUGUCUGUAUAUCAUCCUUACGCUCACCAUCACCACCAUUCAUCAGUAUCACAAAGAUUCCCUGAUCCAGCACUAAUUAACCAAGUCAUUUCUGAGCUUGAUCCAGAAACUCGCAGCAAAAUCGAUAAACAAAUAACCUUACCGCUCGAAGAAUUGAUUCGUCCAACUUUGAAAUCUCGUAAGGGCAAUAUACCUAGACCACAAAAUUUAUUUGUAAUCUAUCGAAAAGAUUUACAAGCAAAGCUGGUUCUUAAGCACGGGCCGGACGUGGGUUCAAAUUUGGCUUUGGUUUCAAAACGUGCAUCUAAAUCUUGGGAGAGGGAAUCUCAAAGCAUUCGAGAGAUCUUUGAGGUUAUAGCCGAAUUGGCAAAGAAGGUUCACGAGAGAAUUUACCCCGGUUAUGUCUAUAAACCUAAAAAACGCUUGCUCAAAUCUGCUAUGAAGAAUCUCGAUGAAUUCAUACUUCAAGACGACAAAUUUUACGAAAGUAAUGGAGAUGGUGAUGAUGUAAUUGGUGAUAAGGUUAAUGUUAAGAAUAUGAUCGUUGAUGGGGAGGAGGAUGAAGGGAAUGGAAGAACGAUGUGUUAUUACAUAAUUAGAAUUACAUUUUUACUGGUACUCGUUCCAUUCGGCGGAAUGACAGAAAAAUUAGCAUUCACAACAAUACAUAAUAAUGAUAUUUACUUUAUGAUACAAGUUACUGAUGAACCAUCUUGUGAACUAAUCUUCAAAAUUGGAGAUGAAGUUAUUGUCAUAAGUAGAGCGAAUGCUGGUGUUUAUGGUGUAGCUGAACAUCAAAUCAAGAUUACAGAGCAGAUCAAUACUAGCAUCGGUUGUUAUUCCAACAAUCUUACUAGAUCACAGACCAUUACAUUUUCAAAGGGCCUAAAAAAAUUCAUUCAAUCAUCACAUUAUGGUGGUAGAAGAGAGGGUAUGCCCGGUUCCUUCUCACCCUCUAGCACAAUAUCAACCUGGAAUCCUACUAGUAUUCCAUUUCAUAUUAUUAAUAGAUCUAGAACGCCUGCAGUUCAUG